CGAGCGGACGGAUCGUGGCUUGAAAUCUUAAAAUUUCGAUAUAUACGUACAAAUAUACAAUUUUUUUUUUUUAAUUGUGAAUAUAAUAAAAAUAUGCAAGAUAUAUAAAUAUACACAAGUAAUACAUUAAUCAUUUAUUAAGUUAAAAAAAUGGAGUCCAAAGAGACGGAAGAUUUGCCGGAAAAUCCUAGAAUACGGGCGAAUUUUCUUUCGCUUUUAACUUUCUGGUACACCAUGCCCACUUUUAUCAGGGGCCUUAGGCACAAUUUGGACUCAAAAGAUCUGUACAAAACAAUGAAGGAGCACAAGUCAGAACCUCUGGGCAACAAGUUGUAUGCCUCAUGGGAGCGAGAACUUAAAAAUUCCCGGGGGAACCCCAGCUUGAUGAGGGCCCUCCUGCGGGUGUUUGGAUGGCAAUUCGGUUUCUUCGGGCUGGUGCUCUUUCUAGCUGAGGGUGGACUGCGAACACUCCAGCCCCUACUCCUGCUGAAGCUCAUCUCCCACUUCGCACACGGUUCGGAAUCCACUAAAAUUGCCUUUUUCUAUGCGGGUGCUUUGAUCCUGUCAGUUGGCCUCAACGUGAUAUGCAAGCAUCCCUGUAUGUACGGCAUCUGGAAUCUGUGCUUUAAGGCACGGGUGAGCUUGAGUAGCAUGAUCUACCGGAAAUCGCUGCGACUUAGCAGGACGGCUCUGGGCGCUGCUACUUCGGGCCAUGUGGUAAACUUGAUCUCAAACGACGUCAGCCGCUUAGACAAUAACAUCUUCCACGCCCACUUUCUGUGGAUAGGGCCCCUGCAAACGGUCCUGGUCACUUACCUGAUGUACCUUCAGAUAGGAAUCUCCGCUGUGCUUGGCGUGGCCUUCAUGUUACUCUUCAUUCCCCUGCAAAUGUACCUGGGCAAGAAGACCUCCGAGCUGCGUUUGAAGACCGCUCUGCGGACGGACAAGCGGAUGCGGAUGAUGAACGAAAUCAUCUCGGGCAUUCAGGUGAUCAAGAUGUACGCUUGGGAGCGCCCCUUCGAGAGAUUGGUGGCCCAUGCGCGCCAAAAGGAGGUCAACGCUAUUUGCCACGGAAGCUAUAUCAAGGGUAUCCUUUCAUCCUUCACUACUUUCCUCUCGCGCGCCUCCAUCUUUCUCAGUUUAGUGGGAUACGUUCUAUUGGGCCAGCUUCUUACUCCCGAAGUGGCGUUCAUGGUCACUGCGUACUACAACGUCCUGCAAACCACUAUGAUGGUGUUUUUCCCCCAAGCCAUCACCCAGACUGCGGAGAUUCUGGCUACCAUUGGUCGUGUUCAGAAAUUCAUGCUGUCCGAGGAGGUAAAGGAGACAGUUAUAAACGACGAUCCCAUGGAAGUCCGGCCAAAGAAGACCCGUGAUGACGCGGAGGAUAGGUUGUUAACCCCAUCAAUAUACACUAUUAAAAAUACAGCUUUCUCAGAGCCGAGUAUCUCCAUAACCGGACUGAAAGCCAAAUGGGACACCAACUGUCCUGAUUAUACUCUUGACGGAGUUGAUUUGAGGGUUCAGUCCGGGACGAUGCUUGCGGUUCUGGGAUCCACCGGCUCUGGCAAAUCCAGCCUUAUUCAAGCUAUUUUGGGCGAGAUGAGUGCGGAGUCUGGCGAGAUUAAAGUCAAUGGAACAAUGUCUUACGCCGCUCAAGAGCCGUGGCUCUUCUCCGGCACCAUAAGAGAGAACAUUCUCUUCAAUCAGCCAAUGGAUCGCAAGCGCUAUGACAAGGUUGUGAGGCAGUGCGCUCUUGAUCGGGAUUUCGAGCUACUUCGUCUUAAUGACAAAACACUAGUCGGAGAACGUGGAGCUUCCUUGUCCGGUGGGCAAAGGAUGAGGAUCAGCUUAGCUCGGGCUGUUUACCGAGAGGCCUCCAUCUACCUUCUGGAUGAUCCCCUGAGUGCGGUGGACUCCCAUGUAGCCAAACAUCUCUUCGAGCAAUGCAUGCGCGGAUACCUCAGAGAUCGCAUCGUAGUUCUGAUAACCCAUCAAAGGCAGUUUCUUCAACGCGUCGACCAGAUUGUGAUCAUGGACAAGGGAAAGGUCUGUGCUGUUGGUACCUAUGAUUCGCUCCUUAAGGCGGGCUUGGACUUUUCCACUAUUCUAAGUGAACCAGAGGGUGAGGGACAAAUGGAAGAAUUGAGUGAACUGGAGGAGGUUCGAUCGCGAUUGGGUAGCCUCAGUCAGCCUCAUAAUGAGGAACGAUGUAACAGUGAGAAAUCCUUGCUAUCUAUCAUGGAUUCGUGUAUGGAGAAGAUCAAUGUGGAGCGCCAAGAAUCAGGGAAUAUUGGCCUUCGUUUGUACAAGAAGUACUUCAAGUCUGGCGGCGGGCUUCUUGCAUUCCUAGUGAUGAUAACCUUCUUUGUAGUUUCUCGGAGCUUAAUCGCUUUGGGAGAUUAUUUUCUUGUUUACUGGGUCGGCAAGAAACGGAAUGGAGCCCUCCAAGAGAGUAAUGAUACCCUUGCCCUAGAUCAUACGAUUCAGAAUACCGGCUGGUCAAUGAGCACUGAGCAAAAGGACAUUUGGCUGUUUACACUAAUCACAGUAUUCUCCAUUAUAACGACAGUGACGGCCUCGUUUCUAAUAUUCAACCUGGCCAGGAAAUGUUCCAUCGGACUGCACAACUCCAUUUUUAAUGCGAUAUCGCGUGCCUCCAUGUACUUCUUCAACACGAAUCCACCUGGACGCAUCCUCAAUCGCUUCUCGAAAGACUUGGGACAGGUGGACGAAAUGCUUCCUGUCGUGAUGAUGGACGUAAUUCAAACCUUCCUGUGCCUAACUGGCAUAGUCAUCAUCAUAGCCGUUGUCAAUCCGUUGCUUCUCACUCCUACGUUCCUGAUCAGCAUAAUAUUCUAUAAGCUUCGCACUUUCUAUCUGAAAACCUCCCGGGAUGUGAAGCGGAUUGAUGCAAUUGCCCGAUCUCCAGUUUACUCGCACUUGGCUUCCUCACUGAGCGGCCUGACCACCAUUCGGGCCUUCCAAGCCCAGCGCAUUAUGGAGGCGGAGUUCGACGGAUAUCAAGAUACGCACAGCUCUGCAUUUUAUAUGUUCCUUAGCACAUCCCGCGCAUAUGCAUAUUGGCUAGACUUUCUAUGUGUGAUUUACAUAGCGGUCACCACGCUCAGCUUCUUUACCUUUCCCCCGACGAAUGCCGCAAAUGUGGGCUUGGUCAUAACACAAGCCCUGGGCUUGACCGGCCUGGUGCAGUUUGCCAUGCGACAAUCUGCUGAGUUGGAGAACCUCAUGACUGCCGUGGAGCGAGUGGUAGAGUACGAAGCGAUCGAACCGGAGGGAGAAUUGGAGGCACCAGUGGACAAGAAGCCACCUGAAUCAUGGCCAGGGCAAGGGAAAAUUGUGUUUGAUGAGCUUAGCUUGCGGUACAUUCCCAAUCCGAAGACCAAGUGUGUGCUCAAGUCGCUCAAUUUUGUUAUAAAACCACGGGAAAAGGUCGGAAUUGUUGGACGCACGGGGGCAGGAAAAUCUUCACUGAUCAAUGCCCUCUUCCGACUUUCUUACAACGAAGGAUCUAUUUUAAUAGAUACCUGGAAUACCAACGAAAUGGGCUUACACGACCUACGCAGCAAGAUCUCGAUCAUUCCCCAGGAACCCGUACUCUUCUCUGGUACAAUGCGAUACAAUCUAGAUCCAUUUGAUGAAUACUCAGAUGACAAGCUGUGGCGCAUCCUGGAGGAGGUGAAGCUCAGGGAUGUGGUAGCCAAAAUGUCCACUGGCCUGCAAACCAAAAUCACAGAGGGUGGAUCCAACUUUAGUGUGGGUCAACGCCAGUUGGUCUGCUUGGCACGAGCUAUUCUGCGCGAGAACCGCAUCCUGGUAAUGGAUGAGGCCACGGCCAAUGUGGAUCCCCAGACUGAUGGCCUUAUCCAGGCCACCAUUCGGAAUAAGUUCAAGGAGUGCACUGUGCUGACAAUAGCCCAUCGCCUCCACACGAUCAUGGACUCCGACAAGGUGCUGGUUAUGGACGCUGGACGAGUUGUGGAGUUCGGGACGCCGUUCGAGCUGCUUACCAUGGCAGAGUCUAAGGUUUUCCACGGCAUGGCUUUGCAGACAGGCCAAGCCACUUAUGAUGAGCUGUUAAAAAUUGCGGAAAAGUGCUCCCUAGCUUACCACAUCUAAACAUCAAAACUGAAUCAUCAACCAGGACAAUGGACUUUUUAUCAUCAUAAGUUGUUUUUUUGUUUUUUUUUUCUUACAUAAGUUAUCUAACGCCUUUACAGAAUUUAAGGAUGUUAGAAGGAUCCCUUGGCAAUAUCAACAGCUAGGUCAUUAAUUAUGCCUAUCGUUUUUUUGGGUAUCAAAAUUAAGGCAGACAGACGGACAUAGUUAAAUCGACUUGGUUAUCAUAUAACAUAAAUUUCUAGUUUAAGAUUGUCAAGCGUUAUUCUUAUUGUUCAAAUCCCUGUACCUAUCUUUAUAGCUAUUAUUCUUGAUUUGUAUGUUAGGGCCAUUAAACAACUCUUAUCUUUCUUACAGUUGGGCGAGUGAGGCGUUAUGAUGUAUGAACCUCGCUGCUCUCAGUAGCAUAAGGUUCUCUCGGACGCGUGGACGGAUCACGGACUUUCCAAUAGUAUUCUUUUUGCUAGAAGGUCAACUCGGUAUAUUUUUAAUACGUUAAGAAAAAAUUUGUACUCAUAUUUAAUUAGUAAGAAAGUUAAUGAUCUGAUUAAAUAUUGUGGUUUCGU